AUGGUCCACUGCGCCGGCUGCGAGAGGCCUAUCCUGGACCGCUUUCUGCUCAACGUGCUGGACAGAGCCUGGCACGUCAAAUGCGUGCAGUGCUGCGAGUGCAAAUGCAAUUUAACUGAGAAAUGCUUUUCACGAGAGGGAAGACUGUACUGCAAAAAUGAUUUCUUUAGGCGGUUUGGCACAAAGUGUGGCGGUUGUUCGCAGGGCAUCUCUCCGAACGACCUGGUCCGGAGGGCCCGGAGCAAAGUGUUUCACCUCAACUGCUUCACCUGCAUGAUGUGCAAUAAGCAGCUCUCCACCGGCGAGGAGCUCUACAUCAUAGACGAGAAUAAAUUCGUUUGCAAAGACGAUUAUAUAAGCAACACCAAUGUAAAAGACACCAACCUCCUCUCAGUAACGGCAUGCAGCGACCCCAGUUUAUCACCGGACUCUCAAGACCAGCUACAGGACGACGUGGUCCUAAAGGACACGGAGAUAGCCGCCCUGUCCGACAAGGAAACGGUUAAUAACGAGAACGACGACCAGAACCUCGGAGGGAAGCGGCGCGGCCCGCGAACCACCAUCAAGGCCAAGCAGCUCGAGACGCUGAAAGCGGCGUUCGCCGCGACCCCGAAACCCACCAGACACAUCAGGGAGCAGCUGGCCCAGGAGACCGGCCUCAACAUGAGGGUCAUCCAGGUCUGGUUCCAGAACCGACGUUCCAAAGAGAGACGCAUGAAGCAGCUGAGCGCGCUGGGCGCCCGGAGGCACGCGUUUUUCCGGAGCCCGAGGCGGAUGAGGACGCUGGUGGACCGGCUGGAGCCCGGCGAGCUCAUCCCCAACGGGCCCUUCUCCUACUAUGGAGAUUAUCAAAGUGAAUACUACGGCCCGGGAGGGAAUUAUGACUUCUUCCCUCAGGGGCCUCCGUCGUCGCAGGCCCAGACCCCAGUUGAUCUCCCCUUCGUGCCCUCCUCGGGCCCCACGGGCACCCCCCUCGGAGGUAUGGACCACCCCCUGCCGGGCCACCACCCCUCUAGCGAGGUGCAGCGCUUCUCCGAUAUCAUGUCCCACCACCCAGGGGACUCUCCCAGCCCAGAGCCCGGAAUCCCUGGGCCCCUGCACAGCAUCUCCUCGGAGGUGUUCGGCCCUAGUCCGCCCUUUACCUCACUGUCACUGAACGGCAGCGGAUACAACAACCACCUGUCCCACCCGCCCUCGGAAAUGAAUGAGGGCACUGUGUGGUAG